AAAAAAGCAUUUAGUAAACAAAUCUUUGACAGUUCGGUCGUUUGAGUGCUCAGUGAUUGUGUAAUUGUGACAACAUACUUGGAGAUUUAAGAGGUGUGUGCCAGCGAGUGUAAAGAUAGAUACCCACAAGAUGUCCACGACGUCUCCAUCCCCACCACCCAGCCUACAAACGAGUGACGAUUCGAUGGAAUCUGUUUCUUCUGAAUUCUCAAAUGAGGCAACUCGACAGCAAAUCUACAACUCCGCUCAAAAGAAUAUAUACAAAAUAAAUUCUCUCACAUCGCAUAGUGUGGAGGACAUACUUUCUGAAGGUGCCAACUAUAACGCUACAGAAAAUCCAUUCCCGGAUUGUAAAGCAGAAGUUCUAACCGCAGUAUCUAGUCAAGCAUUUGUGCAAGAUUACAACUCCAGAGAUUCGACGGGGUUUAGUAUACACGAUAUUCUUGGUUUACAACAGUCAUACAAUACUGCAACCGGUCAAGAAAGUUUGUUAGAACCUAGAUACGAAUAUCACAUACCACAUUAUGACAAUAUAAGUAACAGUUCUAAUAACAACUAUGGAUCUGGCACUGAGGAGGUUGUAUCAGAUCAUAUUGCUAGAACUAGUGACGACUUUUUUUCUGCAAACGAAGCAGAAGUCGAAAACCAAAACAUUUAUCACAGAAGCUACCCAGAAAGUAAACCUGUUUUAUGUCAUAAGAGUGAUUUGGGCAACGAUGUCGUAAAAAAUCCUGAAGACGAAGCGAGCGAUAUCAACGAAUCCAGUUUUCCUAGUCAGAGUUCAACAUGGUGUAGUAAAUCCUCCAUCAUCAGCAAUCAGAUUAUAAGUGCAGCAUCUUUAUCGAACGAUAUUAUGUCUACUGAAUCGUCUUAUCCUAAAGGCUUCACUAAGCGCGCACGCACUGCCUAUACAAGUACACAAUUGGUAGAAUUGGAAAGUGAAUUUCAUCAAAACCGCUACCUAUGUCGUCCGAGACGUAUAGAGUUGGCGAACUACCUGCAACUGUCGGAACGUCAAAUCAAAAUAUGGUUCCAAAACAGACGGAUGAAGUACAAAAAAGACAACAAACAUAACAAACCAAGUUCUUCAGUGGACGACAACAGUCCAUCCAGUUCCAAGGAAAUGUCACCAACUCAAGAUCACAAGAUGAGCCACGGAAGAGGCUGCGGUGGUCACGAUCGUCACAGACGUUUACUAUCAGAAAGCCACGCAAGUCAUCACAAAGUUUACGUAACAUCCAAUGACGCACUUUCCCGACCACCCGAAUACUCGUCAGUGAAUGCACUGAAAUCGGUAAUUAAAGGGCCUCAGAGCACAAUCGAAUUGCCAGCAUACACACCCAAUCUAUCAUAUUCGUCGUACUACGCAACAGGAGCAAGUAGAAGCGCUUACUCACCAAUGCCCGAAGUUUAUCGGUACACUGAUGAGUCACUGCAACCAAGUGCACAUACACUAUCACUACAGUCAGACAGCUACGUUCCAAAUGGUGGUAACGUGAAACUAUGCGAAGACAUGUCACGAUUUCCACCUGGAUCUACUUAUUACAACACACUAGCGAAUGGGGUGGUAAUGCACACGCCAACGACUGAAUCAUAUGGAUUCAGUACUACUUUGCCUACAUUAAAUACUCCAACAUACGAUGAUACUGCUUUACAUGCAAGAGCUGGCCUUACCUUGCCUCCAGACCCCUAUUUUUCUUAUAUGGCACCACCUGAGCCAUCUAGUCAACAAGCAUCUACUUCAACAAGUAAAUACUCUUCGUAUAUAUCUUUAUAAUGAAUUGUUUGACAAAUAAGUUUAUGUAUUUUAUAGACAUGUAUUUAAUUUAUAAGAGUUACUUAUUUAAUACAUUAUACAAAUUUU